CAGCAAACACACGGGCAGAGAAUCGAACCUCAUCCUGUGUGGUUUGCAAGUGACUAAAUUUAAACCUAAAACCCUCUGCCUGCCCCUCUCUGUCCUCCCCCGGGAGCAUGUGCAGGGCUGGCUCCUUAUCUGCAAAUCAGCAAGAGACUUUCCAGUGACACUGCUCUUCUGUCUCCCCGGCCACAGGAGCGUGGGGACAUAGGUAUUAAUAGAUGAUAAUGAACGAAUGGAAUAAGUAUUCAUCCAACAUGGACAUUCCAGCACCAUCAUGGGAAUCCCUGCUGAGGGCUAUAAAAUACCAUGGCCGGCGAGGGGGAAGCCAGACCAUUCUCGGCCACCCCAACCUGCCAGAAUCUGCCUGCUGCUGGCGCCAGAGCCGAGACACCCCGCCUGGAAAUGAAGGUCGCCUCCUUAGCCCUUGUAACACUGCUCCUUGCGGCUCUCUGGAUGGAAGCCCACUCGUUCAGCUUUGAUAGGAAACGCAACACAUGCUGUUAUGCAAGCAAUUUUGUCCGAAAACCGAUCUCCCCGCAACUGAUCCGGAGUGACAGACCCACAGAUCGGAGAUGCUCCCGCCAGGCCGUGAUCGUGGUGCUGCAGAGGGGGAAGGAAGUCUGUGUCGAUCCCAGUGCGGAAUGGUUCAAGACGUACAAAGAAAACCAGAAAAACUCCUUAAAGAAACUUGGCCUCUGGGUCUGAGACAGCAGCAGCUGGACACGAUCUCAGUUUCACAUGCUACAUUAUUUAUAUGCACUGACGUACCAGUGUACGGUUUUGCUAAUUUAUUUUUCUAGCCCUGUUAAUUUAUGUGAAAAAACCCCUUCCAUUCCCUUCAUCCCUUCUGUGUCCUUCCCCCCCUCCACUGAACAUGUGAUGGGGCAGCUGGCCAAAACCACUGUCACUCUCUGCAGACACAAUAAAAUCCGGUGUUUUCUAACAUGUCCCAGUGCUGCCGCUGAUGUGAGUAGGAAAUGUCCCCCCAUUUCUGAACAAGGAUGGGCCUUGUCGCCGUGGUGUCACUAUGGAGAUCCAAGGAUGGUGCAGGGCAAUGUGGUGUCACUAUGGAAACACAAGGGUGGUGAAGGAC